GUUAAAAGGAAAAAGUGGCAAACACCACUUUCUGAUUUUAAGGACUAAAACUCGGGCUUGUUUGUUCCUGUUUCAAGCAUGAUUAUCAUGCUCUGCAUCUUUCUCUCUCACUCCCUCUUUUCUCGUCCGAAAAACAGAGCAUCGGCUCUCACCUUUCUCUCUUGCUCCACCGGCCACCAGGCAGCACCACAUCACCUCCCACACCUUCAAGAAGAUCGUGCGCAGCUGCAGGAGGCGGCCUUGCGCUGCAGAACCACCGGAGACGACGGCGGAGGCCGAAAAACCCGUUUUUGUUCCAAGCUUGAUAACUCGAGCUACCGGCGAAGAAACCUUCCCAAACUUCACCCACAGGUUCGCCUUGACCUUCCAAAGCUCCCAGAACCUCCCUUUCACGGCGGCGUUGCCUCUGGAAGCGGCUGGAACUCGAACCCGGUUGCGCCGAAAACUUCGAUCAGAAGGAAUCGAGGCCUGAGGUUGCAGUUUUUACGUCGAACUAGGAGCUCGCCGGUUUCUGGGUUUUUUCCGGCCAACCCGACUGGUUUGAGGUGAUUAACGGUUUUUACUUGGGCGAGCGAGUUUUGGUGUGAUUGUGAAAGUGAAGACGCAGCGGGAUGAGAGGUGAGUAAACCUCACGUGGAUCUUAUUAUGAUUCGAGUACCUUCAAUUAAUUUAUGUUCUGUGAUAAUUGUGUGAAAAUAUUUAUGGAAUAAAUAUUUGUUUUAAAGCAUAUGGACUUGAUCACCUACGGUCCAUAGGUAAGUAAAAUGAUUUAUUUAUACAAAAUGAAUUUCCCGAUUUUCUUGUGUGAACUAUAGUUGGUAUUAGUGGUCACUUCUGAGUGGGUGAUUACGUAUAUAUAUAUUUACUUGAUUUUAUACAAAAUUGGUGUGACAUUGAAGAAUGUGAAAUUGAGAUGUGACGUACCAUAUUUAUAUUUGAUGAACUUGAUUGAUGAGUUCUUGUUGAUAUUCAUGAUUUAUAUUGGAGGAAGUAUAGAGUGGAGAAUGUAGGGUUCUGAGGACGGGGAUGUCCGAAGAGCGACGGUUAUUUAUUAACCUGAGUGUUUGUGUUCUGAGGACGGGGAUGUCCGAAGAGCGACGGUUUAUUAUUAACCGCAGUAUUUUGUUCCGAGGACGGGGAUGUCCGAAGAGCGACGGUUUAUUAUUAACCGCAGUAUUUUGUUCUGAGGACAGGGGAGGUCCGAAGAGCGACGGUUUAUUAUUAACCGCAGUACAUCGCAUUACUUAAGCCUAGGCCAAGGUGACAGGUAGCGAUAUAGUUAGAGCUCUAACGUAUGGUCAAGAUGGACCGAAGUGGUGUUAUGGGAGUUGGGUGUUGUAGGACCAGUGUGGUGUAUUGUGAUUUGAGGAUUGUGAAAAUGUAUUCCUUGUGGCUUUCCAUGAGUGGUUUGAUGUCUCUUUGCAGACGUAUUACUGUUGGAUUUUUACUUGAUUUGUAAGAAUUAUAAUUUAAUAAAUCAACAGUUCCUUCUUGUUUACUCAUAUGGGCUGUCAUGGCUUACCGGGUUUGGUGUUGUUGCAUUCCCGGUACACGAUUCAUA